AUUCCAUUAUUCAAUGAAGCUCCAUCCAUUUGACAUUCCUGAGGUGCUUGACAAAAUAGUCUUUCAUCUUAAAAGAAGAGAUAUUCUAUCAUGUAUUUAUGUCUCCAAGCCUUUCCACAGGGCGUUCAUUAAGUUUCUAUGGAGAUCUAUCAGUGUCACUCCAUGGACUGACUGGCAUUCUCUUGGCAGCCAGGAACUUGACAAGUACAAGCAUUAUAUCGAGUCGAUUUUUUUCGUUGGCUGCUUUCCAGAAAACAUAUUAUCCUUACGUGGGUGUGGCCGUCUUCGAAGCCUAGCAGCCAAGUCUGGGGAUACGCAGCACUUUGAGGAUAUCCAGAGCAGCUUUUCCAACCUUAUGAUUGCUAACAGUUCCACACUUCGAGAAUGCAAGAUUGAGGCGUAUGCUAGUACACUUCGUUUGUGCAGCAGCAAGGCUGCGCUUCAGUGCUUUUAUCUCAAGGAACUUGAGCUUGACGGUUUUGUUGUCCAGACACAGGAAAUUGAUCUAUUCUUUCAAAUGUGCAGUCAGCUCAAAGUCUUGAAGUUGACUAAUGUAGAUCUUCAAUGGCCAUUUGGAGGCCUGAUGGGCGCUUUCGGCAGCAAUACUGAAGUUGCUGGCAGUCAGCCCGGAGUCGCUCUCUCAAUUUCAGCACCCACUAUUAGAAAUGUUCAAAAAUUGACACUGUUUCAGAUUAAAGUCCUGGGAUGUUCGCCAAGAUCUGAGGCUCACGAUCUAGCAGUUCUAGUCCGAAGCUGUCCAGAAUUGAGAUCGCUCAAAUUGAUGGACGACCUCGGGCAGGAUGAAGCGCUUGAUUUUUGCAGGACUUUGACGCAAGAUCCAUGGCCAUUACCAUGUCUGGAAUCAUUAGACAUUUCGGAUGUUCCUUUGGAAGACGAGGAUUUGGCGACGCUUUUAGCAAAGAUGAAUCAACUUCAACAGUUGUAUGCAUGGGAGAGUGAAUUUGGGCCCCUCUGUCUGAGCGAGCUGCUUAAGUCCAGGAGUUCACUGGAUGGAGGAGGAAGGCUCUGUGAUACAGUCGAAAUGCUAACGGUCAUCUCACUCAAUUCUGAAUAUGGUAUAGUCCAAACGAUCAUGUCAAGCUGUAAACACCUCAUCACACUGAGGUCGGGCGAGAUCACAGUGACAGAGAUUGUUGAAGGAAAAGAAUGGGUUUGCUCAAAAUUAAAAAAGCUUGAUGUUGAUCUCAUAUUUGACGGUGCUGAUGGAGAAAGUGAGGAGAGAAAGGCUAAGCAGCAGAAAGUAUUUGGACAUCUAGGUAAAUUGACAAAGCUCCAGAACCUUCAAUUGACUGGAGUGACGGCUUCAAUUGCUGGGACAAGGACAUUGGAUUUGAGAUUGGAGUCGGGCCUGGACAAGUUGGUUGGUCUGAAGCAGCUGAGAUGUUUAGUAUUCUGCCGUGAGAGCCAUUGGAUGGGGUUGGAGGAGGCAAUUUGGAUGGUGGAGAACUGGCCGUGUCUGAUGAGAGUUAUUGGCCCCGAAGAUAGAGAUCCAGACAUCGAUAAAUCGAUUGCCGAUAUAUUUAAUCGCAAUGGUAUUAGUUAUGGAUGAGUCCACCAGAAAAGCAAAGAUCGGCAAAAGAGAUAUACUAGUUUUCUAAAGAGUUUAAGCUGCCGAGGAUAGGGCUUCAGAACAUUCGAUUUUUUUACUUUUUCACGCGUAAAAUUACCGAGA